AAUCAGUCAUUUAAGGUUUUUAAACAGAGUUAUUUUGGAUUGGUUCCUUGUUAGUUGCCAAAGAUGAGUGGUGAUUAUCAACAUCAGAAUUCUCGAACUCCUAUGGUUAAUGAAGAGAAGGAACCUAUUAGUACUGGCAGUAAAAGGAACCAGUAUCUAGCAGGAUUUGCAGUAUGCCUUGGAGCUUUUUCUGGCGGAAAUGCUCUAUCUUGGACGUGCCCAGCCUUGGAAUACCUGGUUCCACAAGAACACAAUAAUCUUACUAAUAUUACCAAUAGUACUGUAUUAGAUGAAGCACCCGGGUUCACAUUAUCGACAAUAGAAAUAGCCACUGUAGGAGCAACCGUGAUGCUCGGAGGCCUAAUAUUCGCCAUCCCAUCCGGCAAGUUUGCUGAUAUUUUUGGAAGAAAAAUCACUCUAAUCUUGAUUUCGAUACUCUACACGGCAAACUUUAUUACAAUCGCUUUUGCUAGAGAUGUGAUAGCAUUGGUCACUGCUAGAUUCAUCGCUGGAUUAGCACUUGGGGGUAGCUGUGUGGUAGGGCCGAUGUAUAUUGGAGAAUUUGCAGAAGAAUCUUUGAGAGGAGUGUUGGGAUCCGGCUUUAACGUGUUACUUUCAUUGGGGAUUCUUUAUUCCACUUUUAUAGGAAUAUUUACUAACUGGAUAUGGUUGAAUAUUUCACUAGCUAUUCCAUCAGCAAUUACAGUAGUUUCACUGUUAUUUAUUCCAGAGUCUCCUGUAUACCUUAUAGCAAAUGAACGGUUUGGUAAAGCAAGACGUUCUUUAGAAUUUUUUAGAGGAAAUGAGAACAUAGUUAACGAUGAAAUGAUUGAAAUCCAAAAAACUUUGGCUGAACGCGAUGAGAGUGCAACAAUUAAAGAACUAUUCACUGAAAAGUGCUACAGAAAAAGCAUGAUAGCAGGUCUAGGUCUGUUUAUGUAUCAGCAGCUAUGCGGAGUUAAUAUAAUCGUGGUUUAUUUGGUACCGAUUUUCAGAGCUGCUGGAAGCACUAUGGCACCUCUCGCAGCUGCUAGCGCUACCAACUUUAUUGCUGCCCUAAUAGGGAUUUUAUCAGUGGUUGUUAUAAAUAAAAGAGACAGAAAGUACUUUCUCUGCCUGUCAGGUGGCAACAUGAUGUUAGGAAUGCUGGGAUUGGGAGUGUUCUUCCACUUACUGCAUUAUAAUAUACUUUUUCCUGGACUUGGAAUGCUGCCUAUAGUUUGUGUGGUAUUGUUUGUGGCAGGAUUUUCUAUAGGCAUGGGACCAGUGCCAUGGAUUUUAAUGAUUGAACUAUACACCCCCGAAAUCAGAGGUAUUGCCAAUGGGGUGAAUAUCGUAAGCAAUUGGCUGACAGCGUUUGUGGUAUCGUUUACCUUCCCUUAUUUGAUGAAGUACCUAGGAAAUGUUUGGAGUUUUUAUUUGUAUGCUUGUAUUAAUUUGUUAGGCGUAUUGUUUAUUUGGUUUGUUGUUCCGGAGACUCGAGUUAGGUAUAAAAAGUAAUUGUAUGGUUAGAUCUGAAUUGUGAUAAUAAUCUAAAUAGAAUUUAAAAAAAAAUUGACUCGCUUGGAAACAUGUUCCAGGUUUAUUAAUUCUUGUAUUCUUAUCUUUAUCAUAAGGCAGAUAAUAUUUACUGUGAUGUAGUUUGUUUAAUUUUCUAAUCUCUGAAUAAAUCAUUAAUAAAACACCCGCAAGCACAA